AUGGGGACAGCGGGAGGCGACGCCCCCAGGGACGCCCCCCUGCCGAGCUUUGGCUUCACACAGGAGCAGGUCGCGUGCGUUUGCGAGGUCCUCCAGCAAGCGGGCAACAUCGAGCGCCUGGGCCGGUUCCUCUGGUCGCUGCCGGCGUGCGAGAGACUCCACGCUCACGAGUCCGUCCUGAAGGCAAAGGCCAUGGUCGCCUUCCACAGAGGGAACUUUAAGGAGCUGUACAGGCUUCUAGAGUCACACACGUUCAGCCCGCACAACCACACAAAGCUACAGAAUCUUUGGUUGAAAGCACACUAUAUGGAGGCAGAGAGGCUUCGAGGGAGGCCUUUGGGUGCUGUUGGCAAAUACAGGGUGCGGCGCAAAUUCCCCCUGCCCAGGACCAUUUGGGAUGGAGAGGAAACGUCUUAUUGCUUCAAGGAAAAAUCAAGAUCAGUCCUCCGAGAUUGGUAUCUCCAUAAUCCGUACCCGUCACCGAGAGAGAAGCGGGAGUUGGCAGAGACUACCGGUUUAACGACCGUUCAGGUCUCAAAUUGGUUUAAAAAUAGGCGGCAAAGGGACAGACAGGCCGAGCACAAAGAUAGUGGCGGCGGCGGUGACAAGCCUCUGGACUCCUCGACUGACGACGACAGUGAUGCCCCUCAUCCGCCAGCACUCCCGCCGCAGCCGCUGUAUCCCCUCUACGAACACCCGCUGGCCCACUUGCAAUACCACACAUGA